AUGAAUGUUCUGCAAGGCCUUCUAUCGGCCGUAUCUCCUCAAGCCGAUGGAGACUUCACAGAUCGGUUGAAUUAUUGUUUUUCGACUGUUGGGCUGGUAGUCGCUUCGGCUUUUGUAUCUGGAUGGAGCUUCGUUGGCUCACCAAUCCAAUGUUGGUUUCCAGCUUAUUACAAAGGAUGGUGGAUGGAAUAUGCACUAGACUAUUGCUAUGUGCAGAAUACAUACUAUGUGCCCAUGUUUGAAAAACGUGAUGUGCCUGAGCCCUGGGAUAUUGGCCAGCAUAUGAUUGAUAUUCCAAUCAACGAUACACUUCGUGAACAAAAACAAAUAGGUUAUUAUCAGUGGGUGCCUUUCAUCCUUGCUUUCCAAGCUUUACUUUUCUAUAUUCCAAUCAUCUUAUGGAGAGCUAUAUAUGACGGAGCUGGACUGAAAGUUGGAACAAUUCUUAAUACUUGUGCUAUUUCCUCUAAUAUGGAUGAGGAAACAAGAGCAAAGAACAUGCGAACGAUCGCCGGUUUUCUUACUCAAGAUCACACGAUAUCGACAUCAGCUGUUGGAAGCAGCCUUCGACGAAUCUCUACAGGACGUUACAUUGUUUUCGCUUAUUUGGGAAUCAAACUUCUUUUCACUUUGAACGCUUUGUUCCAAUUCGUUAUGCUGAAGGAAGUUUUGGGAGUCGAAAGCUACAGUUGGGGAUGGGAUGUCUCCCGUGAUUUGUUGGGUGGAAUGGAAUGGCCUGAAACAGGCAACUUCCCCAGAAUUACUUUAUGUGAUUAUCAAGUCAGAGUGCUAGGAAAUAUGCAUAAGCACACAGUUCAAUGUGUAUUGAUGAUUAAUAUGUUUAAUGAAAAAAUAUUUAUUGGAUUAUGGUAUUGGCUUUGCAUAAUGUUCACUCUUACAUUGACAAGUUUCUUGAAAUGGACCUUCAAUACUUUUGCUCCAAAUACAGGAACAUCUCUCGUUAACAACUACAUUAACAAGAUUGAUCCAACUGUUGCCCGCAGUCUGCACAAGAAGGAUAUGCUUCGUGAUUUCGUUAAUCUGAAGCUCCGACCUGAUGGUGUUUUCCUUAUUCGACUGAUUGCUGAUAAUCAAGGCGAUAUGGUUACAUGUGCAUUACUGAAGACAUUAUGGGAUGAGUUUGUGAAAUCACGUGGGGAACGUCCACCACCAUAUUCAGAGCCACUUCUGAUGAAACAACGCAAAAUAAGCGAUAGUGAGCUGUAA